UUAACCUCCACCAUUGCUACCGUCAGCGUCAACCACCACUGUGCCGCGCCACCGGCACCAGCGGUAGCAGCGCAAGCACCGAAAGCUCGCCGAGUUCGGAAACGUUCCGGCAGUCGCGAGUGGUCAACUCGUUCGAGCGGGUUACACAGAGAGAGAGAGAAAGAGAGAGAGAGAGAGUGAGAGAGAGGGUGAGGGUGGGAGAGGGAGAGAGCGAAAGAGGGAAAGAGAAAGACAGAGAGAGAGAGAGAGAGAGAGAGAGAAGGAGAGACUCGUGCUUGCGAUCGUGCCGCGCACUAAAGCACGUAUUUCCGAGAGCGUGAGCUGGGACGCGCAAAGACGAGAAUUAGAACGCAAGAACGAAGAGGAAUAAGGACCAAGACGAUUUUACGAGAAGAGGACGAGACGUGACGACACGAGACCAGACGAGACAAAAUGAAAAGGUGUCGGUGACGCGGACGAUAAAUAAUUUUUCUAAUCGAAAGACCGUACGACGACGCGACGACAAACGUAUGGACGUCGAGAGGACAAAGAGGAGGAACGCUUUCACGAUGCUUUCGGGCAUGCGGAGCUUUCAGCUCUGACAUGCGUCGGGAGAGGACUCAAGCUCGCCGACACUCCUGCCGCCGCCGCCGCCGUCGCUGCUGCUGCUGCUGUUGCUGCUGCUGUUGCCGCUGCUGCUGCUGCUGCUACUACUAUUGCUGCUAUUCUUCUUCUAUUACUAAUAAUACUACUACUACUUCUACUAUUACUACUUGUGCCGUCAAGUUUUCCUUCUACGAGGGUUUUCUUCAAAGGCAACGACGACGACGACGACGACGACAAGACGACGAUAUAUCGUCGAAUGAGAACUUCCUGGGGAUAUUCGGCUCAGUCGGAAAUUCACGCGAGUGCUCGAAGACGCUUUAUCUAGGAGUUGCCCGAUAGAUCUAAACGCGACGUCGACAGAGAAAUUGCUCUUCUUGUUUUAAUUAUAUACUUAUUAUUAUAUUUUUUCCGCGAUAACCAGCAACGUCUUUCGAUACGCCGAUAAGUUAAUUACGUGAAAAAACUACGAUUAAAGAGAGAGAGAGAAAGGGAGAGAGAGAGAUAAAUAUUGCGCGCAAUCCGUUUGAGCACUUUACGAUUGGAAGCUUAUUACUUUUCGUAUGACGAACGGUUAAUAAGAUCGUUAGAAAGAUAAAGAUAGAAUGAAAGAGAAAAAGAGUAAGAAAGAAGGGCUCUCGUAAUUUUAAACACACGCGUUUGAGCCCUUCGACUAUCUUUUUUCAUUGUGCUACCCGACGCCGUCCUUCAUCGUCGUUCUUCAUAUUUUGUAUCCGUCGAGACACGCCGAAUUAUAUAUCGACUGGAGGAAUUAGUUUCAAAGGGUGCAUAAUAUAUAGAGAUUUGUUCUUCUUAUCGGUGAUGAUCCCAAGAGUGUUGCUCUUAAAGAAAAUACGCUACGUAAAUAUUAAACGACAUUACGUAUCGUACGAAUCUUGUGCGAUCUGCAAGCUUUCUCAAGCAUGCUCUUGACGAGAUCGAGGUGAUGAGCGAUAUUAUCACGAGUGAUAUCCUGGUUGAUCUUCGAGAUCUUUAAGAUCUAAAGAUCUCUUCGUCCUGACGGAAGUUCAAUGUGAAACUUUGAGUAUUAAAAGACGAUUCGUUCGAAUAUGACGUCCGUUUUCGUUACUAUUAUUUUUACGUGAAAAGAGAAAGGUGAAAAAGAGAAAGAUAGUUGAGGAGAUUGCAGCUUGCCAGCUCGGUAAUAGAGAAUGUAGUCGAGAAGAGAAGUAUAGUAAACUAUCAAUCGAGGAAAGGACUCGUUUCGAGAAUGCUGGAAGACGAGUUCCUCCAGUGUUUUCGAGAGUUUAGCUGGCCGAGUCUGUUUAGUUUAAGGACGAAUCUUCGUCAAGUUCGGUCUUAAUGCCUGAACGGUGUGACGAUCGAAGAAGAAGAAGAGGAAGAAGAAGAAGAAGAAGAAGAAGAGAAGAAGAAAGAAAGCAGAGGAGGAAUGCAGUGGUAUGAUGUUGAGUUUCGAGGUCGAUCUCGAGUAUAAUAGGAUAGGGAAUCGUGAUAUCGUCGUGGACGGCGUCGUUUUUGACGUUGUUCUCGUCGUCGACGACGGACCCUUACCUUUGGGAAGAAAACAUUGGCAGCUUUCGGACGCUUCCAUUGUCGUCGAUAACCUUGGUGAACGAGGAACGGCGAGCGAGAAGCAUCCUCGAGCAUAUGAUGUGUGUGAGCUUCGUUAAAGAUUCUAGAAAGGAUUUUUUAAUAAAAAGCAGCAAUUUUGGUGAGUUCAAGAAAUAGUGAUCGCAGGUGGUAGGUGAUAAUAGGAAAGAAAGAAGGAAAGAAGAGCGAAAGGGGAGAGAGAGAGAGAAAGAAAAAGGGGUAGAGAGAGAGAGGAGAUAGAGAGAAGAGAUAGAGAGAGAUAAAGUGAGAAGGAGUGAAAUAGAAAAGAAAGAUUCCACCGUCGAGCAUGGCCUCGGUGGCAGCGUGGCUGCCAUUCGCCCGUGCGGCGGCGAUCGGUUGGGUGCCGAUCGCCACACACCCACUGCCACCGCCGCCGAUACCAAAAGAUCGUCGUAAAGCAGACGACGAAAAGCUCCUUAUCAAUGUAAGCGGCCGUAGAUUCGAGACCUGGAGAAAUACCCUUGAAAAGUAUCCGGACACGUUGCUCGGUUCGAAUGAGCGCGAGUUCUUUUACGACGAGGAGAGCAAAGAGUAUUUUUUCGAUCGCGAUCCGGACAUUUUUCGUCACAUAUUAAAUUAUUACAGAACCGGUAAACUCCAUUAUCCAAAGCACGAAUGUCUUACGAGCUACGACGAGGAGCUCGCUUUCUUCGGCAUUCUCCCGGAUGUGAUAGGGGACUGCUGUUACGAGGAUUAUCGCGAUCGCAAACGCGAAAAUGCGGAACGUCUGAUGGACGACAAAUUAAGCGAAAAUGGCGAUCAAAAUCUUCAACAGUUGCUCGAUAUAAGACAGAAGAUGUGGCGGGCCUUUCAAAAUCCGCACAUUUCAACCGCGGCAUUGGUUUUCUAUUACGUUACUGGUUUCUUCAUUGCCGUGAGCGUGCUGGCGAACGUCGUGGAAACCGUACCAUGCGGCAAUAGACCGGGUCGCGCGGGUACACUUUCAUGCGGCGAACGAUACAAAAUCGUGUUCUUUUGUCUCGAUACAGCCUGCGUUAUGAUAUUCACCGCCGAAUAUUUGCUCAGGCUUUUCGCCGCCCCUAGUCGUUGUAAAUUCGCGCGAUCGGUGAUGUCGAUCAUCGACGUAGUCGCCAUACUGCCCUAUUACAUCGGUCUCGGUAUAACUGAUAACGACGACGUUUCCGGCGCUUUCGUAACAUUACGUGUAUUUCGCGUAUUUCGAAUCUUCAAGUUCUCCAGGCACUCCCAGGGACUCAGGAUUCUUGGUUACACCCUCAAAUCCUGCGCAUCCGAGCUUGGCUUCUUAGUAUUUUCCCUCGCCAUGGCCAUCAUCAUUUUCGCUACCGUCAUGUUCUACGCAGAGAAGAACGUCGACGGUACCAAUUUCACUUCGAUACCUGCUGCCUUCUGGUACACUAUUGUUACGAUGACUACGCUGGGGUAAGUUUUUCAUAUUUUUC